CCCGACUAGAGGGGGAUGUGGGACUACAAGUCCCAGCAGGGCAUAUAUGUGAGGCUGACCACUCAUGGUGGUAAGAAGAAGCCCUUAAAGCAGCCAAAGAAAUCAUCCAAAGACCUAGACGAGGAUGAAGUCGCAUUUAAGCAAAAACAGAAGGAAGAGCAGAAGAAGCUGGACGAAUUGAAAAGCAAAGCAGCGCAGAAGGGCCCUUUGACUGGAGGUGGAAUAAAGAAGUCUGGAAAAAAGUGAUCUCCUUGUUUACAAGACUGUUUCUUGAUCGGAAUCCUGAGGAUCCACCAGGUGGAGCUGCUCUGCUCUGUGGAGCUCUUGUACGUUUUUGUGUACAAUGUUAAUAAAAGUUGUGUUUUUUUUUUUUUUUUUUUUAAUGCAGUGACAACUGUGUCAGAACCACCAUUAAAGAAACAAUAAAUGGGAAA